AUGGGGGAUCUUUACCUAUUCAUCCGUUAUCUAUCUUUACCUAUUUGUUCAUUAUACAUUCUAUCUAUCGUUGGCUGUUCAAUUUUUUUCCUUUAUCUAUCUAUCUAUCUAUCUAUCUAUCUAUCUAUCUAUCUAUAUAUUCACUAUUUAUCUAUCGUUAGCUAUUCAUUCAUUCAUCUAUCUAUCCAUCUAUCUAUCUAUCUAUCUAUCUAUCUAUCUAUCUAUUUUCACCAGAGAGUUCAUAUCUAUAACAGACUGUUCAUAACUACCUCAGAAUGUUCAUAUUUAUCUAUUUAUCUCGGGAUGUUCAUAUCUAUCUAUCUAUCUAUCUAUCUAUCUAUCUCGGAAUGUUCAUCUCUAUCUAUCUCUCUCUCUCUCUCUAUCUAUCUAUCUAUCUAUCUAUCUAUCUAUCUAUCUAUCUAUUUCAGUAUCUUCGUGUUUAUCUCUCUAUCAUCAUAA